UGUAACCUGCAAUUAGUCUCAUGAUGACACUUUUUUAAAAUUCUGCUGUCACUAUAUAGUCAGUUUUCUCAUAUACUGUUUUUCUUGAACUUAAACAACAGGGGACAUUGCGAAAUAUUUGUAUCGAAGCACAGGCAGAAUUGUUGGGGUAGUGAAAAUACCGAACUAUUCCAUGGAAUCUGAUGAAUCCGUUUGCCUACGGAAAUCAAAUAUUACGGGGAAAUCCAAGAAUAUGAAAAGAAAAACGAAACUACAGAGGAAUACACUAAGGUUACAAGACACCACUUUCGGCUUAUGUUUUUAUUUACACAAUACCACCUAAACACAGAGACUGAUAAGGACUUCCUCUUCUACUUCCUAGCUCGUGAGUAGGAAUUACAGUCAGUAGGCUCUUUAGUGCGCGUUAGAGUUGACAGCAUUCGGACGCAAGAAUGGAUUAGCGCAUUCGGAGGGGAUCCUACCCUACGUUAUUUAUUACAAAGAAUAAGAACCCAGCAGAACCUAGAAUAUCAAAAUGGAUUACAAAUAUGCCAAUGCUGGAAUAGAACUCUUGCUGUCUCACAUGAACAUAGAGGAUAUCAUUGGCGCUGUUGAGCAUCUCUAUCACACCGAGGAGGAAGAGACUGGGGCAUUGAGUGAAGAAGGUCUCUCUCAGGAGGAGAUGGAUGAGAACGAGGAGACUGUGAAUGAUUCGGGGGACGAAGUGACAGGGGUAACAGGAGGGACCCAGGGCACACAGCAGGGGAACGGUGGUGGUAUGGUCAGGUACGGGACGGUGUCGGACUUGCUCUCCUUCGUCAACCUGAUCUCUAACAUGCAACCAGAAGCACUGCAGCACCAGACUGAGGAGAUGGGCGUGUUACUGAACAAGAAACACAUGGUGCUGAAAAAGGGACGCUAUCGCAUCGAUUUGGAUGUACUUCUGUUUCCAUGGAUGUGGACCUACAAGACUCCAGGCUCUGGCGGCCAUGUUCCAAAGGGCUCAUUUGGGAAAGUCCACUUGGCCCAGGAUACCGUUACCAGGAAGCGAAUGGCAUGCAAACUGAUCCCCAUGGAGCAUUUCAAACCAGCCGAUGUGGAGAUCCAGGCCCGGUUCCGUCACGAGAACAUUGCAGAGCUCUACGGUGCUCUCCUCUGGGACCAGAACAUCCAUCUGUUCAUGGAGGCCGGCGAGGGAGGCUCGGUUCUGGAGAAACUGGACAGCUGUGGACCCAUGAGGGAGUUUGAGAUCAUCUGGGUUACCCAGCAGGUCCUCAGGGGCCUGGAGUAUCUGCACUCUCACAAUGUCAUCCACCACGACAUCAAACCCAGCAACAUCGUUCUGAUGUCAGACAAAGCGGUGCUGGUGGACUUUGGCCUGACGGUACAGAUGACAGAGGAGUUGUACACCCCUAGGGACCUGCGCGGCACAGAGAUGUAUAUGAGCCCGGAGGUGGUUCUGUGUCGAGGACACAACACCAAGACGGAUAUCUACAGUCUGGGCACCACCAUUAUCCACAUGCAAACUGGCAGCCCGCCCUGGGUCAGGAGAUACCCACGCAGGUCCUACCCAUCCUACCUCUACAUAAUCCACAAGCAGGCCCCUCCGCUGGAGGACAUAGCAGAGGACUGCAGCGGUGCCAUGAGGUCCUUCCUGGAGCGAGCCCUGGAGAGGAACCCUGCCCAGCGCAGCUCUGCAGCCGAGCUCCUGAGGGACGAGGCCAUCAACCCUCCCAGGGAGGAACAGCCACGCUGUUGGAGCCUGGACUCAGCCCUGGUGGAGGCCUCCCACCCUCUGAGGCAGCACAGCCAGCAGCCUGACACCACACAGGAAUCGUCUCUGUACUCUGAGCCUGAGGACUCUGCCCACCUGAGGAGGAAGGGAUCACUGUACAUCGACCUGGGGGCAAUGACUGGGUACUAUAAUCUAGUAAGAGGCCCCCCUGCUACAGAGUAUGGCUAACCCUGAGCGUAACCCAAAGACACAUUUAGUAAGACCUCUGACAGAAAUUGGUCUGGUAAAGCUAUAACUGUAACCUUUAACCUUAGCCUGGUACUAAGAUAAUGACUUUAUUAUCCCCAUGGGGACAUUUUGGUACUGGUGAACUGUUAGGUCAGAGACUCAUGAAGACUCAAUGGUGAAUAUGUGUCUGAUAUGUUUUGAAAGAGUCACCAGAKGGACAGAGAGUUGGGUAGAGCAGGUGAAGUGGACCAAUGUCUGGAGAGUGGUUUCUGUAGCUAUCUUAGUUUGCCAUCUCUCAACAGUGCUGAGCCUCAUUGGUUGGAAGAGAUGUGUUACUCAGUAACUCUGGGUUUCAUUGGUUAACAGUGGAAUCAGCGACAUCUUGUGAUGUGCUCUGUAGAUACAUGAUAUAUUAGCAUGUUUUACAAGUUUGUUUCUUGCUCUCUUAAAAAUAAAGGUGCAAGUUGGAACCAAACAAAUUCUCGAGAGCGAUGCCAUAGGGGAACCAUGUUAGGGUCUCUGAAGAACCAUGAAUAGGAUGGUUCUUUGAACAACCAUACCAAAAGCCYAAACCGGUGUAGGGUUUUAAGCCUUAUUUGCAUAUUUCCCAGGGUGCCUUUCGAGUGAAUAUUAGAGUUAAAAGUACUACCCAUGACUGUGUUUGCUAGUGAUAAAGACAUGCUUGUUGCAUUCAUUKAUUUWAAGCCCUGUGGCUUCCCCAAGAUAAAUCKUAAGUGAAUAUGUUGUCAUUAAAAUCAAAUUAUUUAAAACAAUACUUAUUUCAUAAGGCCUUUUUUGAGUGCCUAGUUGUGGCCUGAAACUCAUAGUUUACAGGCCACAAUAUGCUGGCUUUAUAAGUGAUGUGUAAUUCCUAUUGGAAUCCAGCCAGACUGGGGAUAUUCAACAUUUGACACUUUUAUUCACCCACAACCUGCCUUCAAAAUGACUGCCAGGGUUGGGGAGACUAAGAUACUCAUAUCUUAAACAUCUAAACUGGAACAACCAUUUCAGCAACGGGUGCAAUGAGUCCAAGUAACAGAUUGGAUUUGUUUACAAAAAUG